AUGUCGAAAAAGGACGUCGACAAGGAGCCACAGGCUUCUGAGGCCCAAAUGGCCCCCCCUACUCAGAACACUACAUCCCAGCAAUUUUUUGAGCCGACCGAGAAGCUCAAACUAUCCGUACCCGAUGAUGAGAGCUCUAAGGAAGCCGGCGUUAGCAGGGUCGAGGCCUUCAACAAGGUUCUCUACCAUUCUGGCCGAAAGGGCAAGAUUUUGCUCUGGCUGCUUGGUGUUUCCAUCGGCCUGACCAUGUUUGCCUACGCCCUCGACAUGGGUAUCACCACUACCAUCUUCGGCACUUUAGCCGCCUCAACUUUCAAAAAACAUAGCCAGCUGGGAACUGUCAAUACUGCGAGUCAAAUUAUCCGAGCCAUCAGCAAGCCUUUCAUCGGAAAGCUAGCCGAUAUCACCUCAAGACCCACCACAUACGUCGUGAUCCUCGCCUUCUACGCUGUAGGUUUUGCCGUUGCCGCCAGCGCCCACACCUUCGCGGCCUACACUAUCGGUAUAUGCUUCACAUCGGUCGGAAAGUCAGGUCUCGAUCUUCUCAGCGACAUCAUUGUUGCGGACUUGACCCCUCUGGAAUGGCGUGGCUUCUUUGGUGCGUGUCUAUCUCUGCCCUUUAUCGUGACAGUGCCCGUCAAUGGUUUCAUUGCCGAGGGCUUUUACGAUGAUUGGCGAUGGGGUCUGGGCAUGUUCUCCAUACUCGUACCCGUUCUUCUCGUCCCGGCUAUCCUCACCCUUUACGCAAUGCAGCGCCGUGGUGAGAAGGCGGGCAUGGUCACCAUGGCCCACUCCAAAGAUGUUCGCACAGGUGUUUCUGAAGCCAGUUCCAAGAAUUUAACGUACUGGGCCAAACUUGCGUACAGAGGCCUGGUUGAUAUCGACAUCAUCGGUCUUGUCCUCCUUGGCUUCGCCUUCUCCCUGAUCCUCUUGCCCAUCACCCUGGCAAAGAGUGCUAAAGAAGGAUGGAAAAACCCGAGCAUGAUUGCCAUGAUCGUCAUGGGUUUCGUCAUUCUCAUCAUCUUCAUCCUCUUCGAGCAUUUCCUCGCUCCUAAGCCCCUGAUGACUAAGCGCAUUCUGAAGAACCGCGCUUUCAUUGCGGGUGUCAUUAUCCAUACUUUCAACCAAAUGGCCUCAUCUGUCCGCAACACCUACUUUUCAUCUUACAUCCUCAUCAUCAAGGAGUGGACCACCUACCAGUGGACCAUCUUUUUAGGUAUCACUACCAUGGGUCUCUGCUUGGUCGGCCCUGUUGUUGGUCUCAUUCACCGCACAACUCAUCGUUACAAGACCCUCAUGAUUUUUGGCGCUGCGGCCAAGAUACUUGGUUAUGGCAUACUGAUCCAGCCGAGUGGUAAGAUGACUCAAGAUACUGCCAGGCUUGUGGCAGCACAGCUCAUCUUUUGCCUUUCCUCUCUCAACGUAGUUGGUGCUCGUGUUGGUGUCCAGGCAUCCGUUCCCCACGACGACGUGGCCUCGAUUAUUUCCAUCAUCACCUUAUGGUCUACAUUGGGAUCCAGUAUUGGCAGUGCUGUUGCCACAAGCAUCUGGACGGAGCAGAUGGUCGACCAAAUGCACAAGGAGAUGCCAGAUGUUUCUGAUAGUGUUAUCACAAAAAUCUACGGAAACAUCAAGACGCUCAAGACCUACAAGUUCGACGAUCCUAUUCGUCAGGGCUCUAUUCAUGCUUACGCCAUUGUCAAUGGACACAUCACUAUCGCUUCAAUCUGUCUGACCUGCCUUCCUCUCAUAGCCUCUUUGUUUAUGCCCAAUUACUAUCUUGGCAAACAACAGAAUGCUGCCAACAACAAGGGUCUUGAUGGCGAGAUCGUCGAUGUGCCGGAUCAACGAGAAGAUAGAGAUAUAAUUGCUUCUCAGCCAGAGACUAAAACGUUCUGGCAAAAGCUGCUUGCCCUUUAUCGCAAGUAG